AUGACGGGUGUCAUCAUUGACGUCUACCAGCCUCCCCACGCUGCUGAGGAGAAUAUUUCCAAGAUUUUGCACCAGAGCAUCCCUUGA